AUGUCCAUCAAGGUAGCCGCUAGGGGUUUCUUGCAAGAGCUCAAUAUGUUGACCCACUUCCUGUCUGUCGCUACCGCGAUCACCACAGUAACAGCACAAAGAGGUCGACCUACCAACUUCUCCGAGCUCUGGAACAUCACAACAUACCCUGACGCUCAGCCGGCAAAUGUCUCGCAGUAUCUCAACGAAGCCUCCCACCUCGCCGGCCAGGACUUGGACGACCACUUCCAGCGUCGCUGCAUAGUCUCUCAGCUCUACGACGACAUCGCCUCGUAUGCCCAGGCUCCGGGCUUUGUGCCACCAAUUGAGGUCUUCGAUGGAGUAUACUUCGUUGGGCAGAGCGCUGUCUCCGCUUGGGCAAUUGCCACUUCAAAGGGCCUGGUCGUCAUCGAUGCCCUGAACAAUGCGGAGGAAGCGGAGCAGAUCUUGAUAUCAGGCCUGCAAGCCUUUGGCUACAAUGGAAGCGACAUCGUUGCUGUUGUCAUCACGCACGAACACUUCGAUCAUUAUGGGGGUGCGCUCUGGCUGCAAGACACCUACGACGCGCCCGUCUAUGCCAGUGAGCUUGCGUGGCAGGCCAUGGAGGUGGCAGAUGGAGGACCGAGGCGAGAUCAGGUUGUAGAUGACGGGCAGACUCUGGACUUCGGCAACUUCUCCAUGCAAUUUGUUGCCACUCCAGGCCACACACCUGGCGCCAUGAGCCUUAUUUUCCCUGUCCAGGAUCAUGGUGCCAAGCAUCUCGCAGGAAUGAACGGCGGGGCUGGUAUUGCCUCCAACACUACAGCCAAAGCCAACCAGGUUGAAUCGUAUGCAAAGCUCGCAUCCAUCUCAGCGGAAGCUGGUGUGGACACUCUGAUGGCGAAUCACCAAACACAAGAUCGCUCCUUGACAAAUUUUGAUUUGUUGAAUGCUAGAGAGUGUGACGAGUCUGGCUGUAAGCAAGAGAAUCCGUAUGUGAUUGGAACGGAUGCCUUCGUCAGAUAUUUGCAGGUACAAUCGCUGUGUGUGCGAGUGGAGGCCGCGAGGGAUGGACAGACUCUGUUGUCAUGA